UUGACAUUACCAUGGUUACAUUAGUCUUGAUUUUACCCGCAGUGCAUUGUGGUAAAGCAAGUUCUGGAGUUAGAGAAUUAUCUUUUUAGAAUGGAUUUUCCUGAUAUGUUUUUAAGCGUCUCAUAUUCAUGUAACCGGAAAGUUGUAUGCGUCAGCGAUAACUCACUUUCCUAUGAUACAAUGGACGGAUAAUUUAUAUUCUGACGUCCAAACUGAAAGAGAUGUCUAAAAAAAACCUUUUGCAUCAGGGACUAACCACUUAAGGGUGCUUGACUCGAAUGUUCAUUUCCGCUUCUUUCAGGCAUUUCACCAACGUCAUAUCGUAAGAAAAGUAAAACAGCAAAAAUAAACGUCAGUUUUCUAUGUGUUUUGAGAGCCUUUCACUUACAUGUAUAAAUUGUGUUUUGGAAGUAAAGGAAGUGAUUUUUGAGAAGGCUAUUCAAAAUGUAAUUCAUUUACCAGUGACUCAGUGCAAGCCACUGUUGAUCGUGAGUGGACGCUUAUUGACGGAAGCAAGUAUUGAUUUUUUUUUUCUAUUGAGACUUUGCAAUCAAUCAAGCUCAGCUAUACAGACGAGCCCUGAGAAUUGGCAAGUUUCAGCAUUUUUAAUUCCGCUUUAGUAUUUUUUUUCCAAAUCGUUGUUCCUCGAAAGCAACUGAUACAUGUAAACUAAGUAAAGAGCGUUUUUUAUAAUGAAUGAUGUAUUUUGAGUGGAAGAACAUUUCCAACUUUAAUCAAACCUAACAGCAAAUGAUUGCCGCUGUAAGAUUUCAUUUUAGCCUUGUCACAAUAGCUUUCAAUCCAUAGUUUAAUAUAUAGUGCAUGACAUAUUUUCCAUCGUCUGUAUAACUCUCUCAUUUGAGACGUGACGCUGCAGGUGUUAAUGAUAAUUUCACAAAACCCAAAGACUGAUUGAUAAUGGUACCCAGGGGUCGUUUUAUUUUGAUUAAGAUCGCUGAAAAAGCUCAUAAAAGUCUGUAGAUGAAGAACACAAACCGUUCGGUUUUACCAAGUAAGUGAUUUUGAUAUCAGAUGGUCUUGUUGAUAGUUCAUGGGUGUCAAUGAUUGGGUCGUUAAAUUGUCUCUUAUCUUUCAUAGAAACCAUCAAUUCAAUACCGUAGUACAUACAUAAGUGUAUGGUUGUUCUGAAAGUGGCUAUCGUAGUUUGUGUUGUACGUUUUCGCUUGCUGCAUGAUGAGCUUUUACCCUGCGAUCAAAUGCCCCAAGUUUAUCAAACUUAGACUAACCAACGGAUCAGACCACGAACUGUUCACUGGGAAUUUCGCGCUGGGCGUGUGUCAUUCUAUCGCCUCUGUUCCUACAGCCCUUAUUAACUGUCUUCUUCUGCUAGCAAUAUCAAAGACACCUUCUCUUCACUUGCCUUCGUAUGUGUUCUUAGCAAACAUGUCGAUGUCUGAUACAAUCGUCGGGCUUUUCGUUCACCCGCUGCUUGCCCUCAAACAUUUCUCGGAAAGUUACAACAAUAUUUCCAUUGGCUGUGCGUUGUUUAAACCGACUCUUGCGGUAAUGUUGCUGGUGGGGUGCGUGUCGUUGCUAAAUGGAACUGCUAUUAGUAUAGAUCGUUUCCUUGCGAUAUCGUUAGGAUUGAAAUAUCGCACCACAGUUACAAUAGAACGUGUUGUUAAAGUCGUGAUUAUGUUUUGGUUUAUGGCGUUCGUUGGUGUUGGUUGUUACCUUGUUACACCGGGUGUGCGCUCUUGGGGUCGAGCGUGUUCAAUAUGGGUACUCUUGUGUCUGGUACUCAUUAUUAUUUUUUACGGAAAAGCUUAUUAUAAGCUAUCCAGGUAUAACAAAACCCGAGCCCAACACAUUAGUCGCGUGAGUGUCGUGAACGAAAGGGAGUCAGCGGUUACAGCGGCAAACCAUCCAGCGCCUCGUGAUGACGGCCAAGUUUUUGAGAAUGACUCGGCAAGCCGCGGCGUCAGCGUAGUAGCUAUCAGUAGUAAUCACUGGCUGCCGAGAAAUGGUGGUACUGAAGAUCGAGUAGCAGAAUGCUCAAACGCUGCCAUUGACGAUACCAAUAGCUCUAACAUUGACGAUGAUGCUGUUGACAUCAUCACUGCCACCAGCAACUACUACAACCAGAAUGAAAGUAAUUACGACAACAACAACAACAGCACCAUCAACGAUAACGCGAUUAGGAGCUAUAGAGAAAGGAAUUAUAGUCCUAAUCCACGAGUCAAUGUUUCCAAUAACAGUCGACGGUCGGUGUGUGAAGAUGGGGGUCACGCCAACAUCGAAGUUUAUCGGGGCACUUUGACAACCAUGGUGUUUGUGGUCAGUAUUCUGUUAGUUUGCUACACCCCCCUGCUCAUAUCAUCUAUUUACUGUUCUGUCAAAGGACUAAACGACACAACGUUUUACAUUGUCCAUUACUUAGCCGUGUUUUUUGCACUCUUCAACUCGUUCAUGAAUUCCGUUUUGUGUCUUUGGAGAGUACAUGACAUUCGCAAAGCUGUUUUCAAAGUUUCGAGAAGUAUUGUCUCCAGGUGGAUAUGUUAUCGCAUGGUUAGUAGCCGACGUCGAGCAGAAACAGUAGAGACUGUAAUCGUAACCUAGCACCCUGUGGUUCUCAGUUUGUGAUGUGAUUUCUAGUGAAUAUGCAGACGAUUCUCGAACAAAGAUUAACGUGAUUUUCCUAGAUGAUUGCAGAACUGCGUGUGACUAAACAAGAUCUAUACGGCACGCGCAGCUGGACAUAGCGUCAAUUUUUUGUUUCUCCUUAACUUGUUCUUAUAUUUUCCAAGAUUACGCUGUUGUAAUGCUUCUUAACCAUGUUUCCCUUGAAGCUCUCCGCGGUGUACUUGUAUUAACGUUAAAGUGGUGAAAAACGGUUAAAAUCCAAAUGCAUUGGGAUGUUUUGUCAAACAAUUAUGAGAAUUAAACAAUAAAAUUAACAUUACUUUAUAUUUUUUACAUUAUUUUUUUUCUUUGAAUAU